AUGCCCAAAUCAUCCAACUUCUCUCCUUCACACCUAUUCACUACGACAACUAAGUAUCACGCUUAUAGUUCCAAGAUGCAGGCAGCACACCGUAGAGACCAGCUCACAUUCAUCACCCUCCCCACCCCUCUUCCUGAGUAUAUCGAUUCAGCGGACAUUCACACAGUAGCCUUGCAAAGCAAGCUGAAGCUACUCUCAUCUACAGUGCCCUUUAAUAACGAGUAUAAAGAAAGAGCGAAGAAGAUAUUGGAUCAGGUCGAGGCUUUAUCGGGAGAGAGCCUGAGUAGUGCAUUUGAGCUGAAAAGUGAUGAUGUGCAGGAAUUGCCGAUGCGGCUUUUGGGUCCUGGACGCGAGCAAGCAGUGGAAAACAGUGAAGUGAAAGAUAAUGAGACUCCAUCGACGGAAAGAGAGGAUGAUAAUUCCAAACGGGAGCAAAUUGGAAGCGAAAAAGAAAAGAAGGAAACCGAGGUUGAGUCGGAGAAAGCAGACGACAAUACAUACCGAUGGGACUCCUUCAUCGCAGCCAGCUACUGCUGGGGCAGCCACACAAAGGAUGGCCAAGAGGGUGCAGAAGAAUCGCCAUCUUCUUCGUCAACCAAAAAGCACGCACUCCCCUUUUCACCAGCCCUCUACCAAGCUUUCCUCCUCCAGCGUCGCUCACCCAACGAAGGCCUCUGGAUCGACGCCUUCUGCUUAUAUUUCGAUCGAUACCGAACGGAAUACCACAGGAACUUGAGGUUUUGA